AGGCUGCACAUGUCACAAGAUAAGGACAGAAAGUGCAUAUGACAGCUUUAUUUCAGGGUCGCAAACAUUCUCCUUAGAUAAACUUUACUACAAACAUUUACUCUGCCAAAAACAGGAGACAACAUAUAUGAAAAUUAGAUAACACAAUCUAGUUUCAACUGGAUUGCUAUGUUGGUUUUGUACUGGUUCUUUUAUCAAGUUUCCUACCCAGGGUAUCAUUAUUUUAUCUUAUACGACCUACAGCCUUUAUACUGUUUCUCAAGAAAAUCGCGUCAGUAUAACAAGGGGAGUGACAUUGAAAGCAAGCUGUGAAUAAUAAACGCUUUUUGUUUUACUUGGCAACAAAGCGGCACAACCAAACUAAACGCAAUGCAGACCGAUCACAACAAAAACAAUGACAGUAAACAACCAGAACCAGCACAAGCGGGAACCAGCUUGAAGGCAGUAGACAGCGUCUACAGGACACGAUCUCUGGGAGUAGCAGCGACUGGAUUGCCUGAUCAGUAUGCUGAUGGAAAGGCUGCUAAAGUAUGGGAGCUCUACAUCGGGUCUAAGCACUCCAGGACAGGGGCAUACAAGGAAUGGAUUGGGAAUAUGUUGAGAAGCAGAAGCUGCGAGAACGUCCUUGACGUGGCAUGUGGAAAUGGGGUGGACUCCAUCAUGUUACUUGAGGAGGGCUUCAAGAUGGUCAGUACAGAUGCCUCUGAUAAGAUGUUGAAAUAUGCUCUUCAGGAGAGAUGGGCCAGGAGGAAGGAGACAGCAUUUGAUAAAUGGAUCAUAGAGGAAGCCAAUUGGUUGAAUUUGGUCGAGGACCUUGAUGAAGUGGAAGGCCUGCCAGAAGGAGGCUUUGAUGCGGUUAUAUGUUUAGGAAACUCAUUUGCUCAUUUACCAGAUUUCACAGGUGAACUCAAGAAUCAACGUAUCGCAGUCAGCAACUUCUACUCAAUGUUACGUCCUGGGGGUAUUCUUAUAAUUGAUCAUAGAAAUUAUGAUGCAAUCCUCGACUCUGGAACUGUGCCAGCAAAAAACAUAUAUUACAAUAGUGAACAUAUCAUUGAUAUCAAAACAUCCAACCUGUAUGUUAAUGGAAGGCCUACUAUGGUAACCCUCGAUUACACUAUGGAUGGUAGCGUUCUAGUCAAAAAAGACCCCCAACACAAAAUAAUACCUGAAGAACCAGGUGCAAAAACUCCUGAAGGUGUUACAGACCCACCGCACCACCACACAUUUAGGUUAUCCUACUAUCCCCACAGACUGGAAGCAUUCAACAAUCUCAUUAAAGAUAUCUUCGGGGAGAAGAGCAACCACAAUGUUUAUGGUGAUUUCAAAGAAUUCUCUACUCUCACUGAGAAGGACACUCCCGCAUAUUACAUUCACGUCUGUGAGAAACCAAAGUAAAUGUGAUUGUCACAAAGCGAUGACUUAGAGGGAAUGGGCUGAACUUUUUGGGUAUAAGUAGCAGGUUUUCAAUGAGAUGCCAAAGUGUGAAUAACAAAGUCAAGGCUUGAUCAUAGUGUACAUUAACAGGUCAAGGCCUGAGAAGAGUAACAUUAAUAACGUCAAACUAUAGUAACAUUAACACAGUCAAGCUUGAUGUGUUGAUUAAAAGUAACAUUAUUGGAGUCAACCUGUAGUUGGGAAUGGGCAGAUCUCAGUUUUGAUCAUAUUUUGCUACAGGGUGCUCAGAAGAUACAUUGCAGUAUACAUUUUCUCAGUUCUUGAACACCCUGUACAUGAAUGAUGACCUCACUAGAGAUAAACCCACAUAUACACAAGAAGGUAUCAUAGUAUUACACAAGAGCUGAUAAUUGUGUAAACUAAUACACUGAGAUGCAUGCUACUACUCAAUAAAGAACAAAAAUAUGUAUAUGAAAAACAAGAUAUUAAGCGAAAAAGAACAAAUAUUUGUGCAGUUGCCUGCAUGUAGCGGGCACAGAUUACCAAAUUAUUAUACAUGUUUAAACAAUGUAUAUGUAUUAAAUAUAAUUUUUCAGAAAUAAAAACAUACAAAAUAUAA